UUGGUCUGGUCUGCACAUCCUGAGCGGAACCCACCACUGAGGCUAUGAGGAAGUUUGGGCGGUGGUUGAGCUGAGCUGUCCAGGCCGUCACUCCGUCGGGCUUUAGGUGAAAACAGAUUAGAGGCAACAUGUCUAGCAAACGGGCAAAGGGAAAGACCACGAAGAAGCGCCCUCAGCGCGCAACUUCCAAUGUCUUUGCUAUGUUUGACCAGUCACAAAUCCAGGAGUUCAAAGAGGCCUUUAACAUGAUUGAUCAGAACCGUGACGGCUUUGUGGACAAGGAAGAUCUGCAUGACAUGCUGGCAUCUCUGGGCAAGAACCCGACAGAUGACUAUUUGGAGGCAAUGAUGAAUGAAGCUCCUGGGCCCAUUAACUUUACAAUGUUCCUCACCAUGUUUGGAGAGAAGCUGAAUGGCACUGACCCAGAGGAUGUCAUCCGCAACGCCUUUGCCUGCUUUGAUGAGGAAGGGACUGGUUUUAUCCAAGAGGACUACCUGCGUGAGCUUCUGACGACGAUGGGCGACCGUUUCACAGACGAAGAAGUCGAUGAGCUCUUCAGGGAGGCACCCAUUGACAAGAAGAGCAACUUCAACUAUGUGGAGUUCACACGUAUCCUCAAACAUGGAGCCAAAGACAAGGACGAUUAAGCACAAAAAACUUCCAUGCAUCUUCAGCCCUUCCACUUUUAAUCCCCUUCUCAACUAGAGGAGCCUUGUCUAUUGCUUAUGGAGUCCUUCUGAAAAGCUGCCACUGACUCUGCUGUGUGUUUGUGUAUGUUUGAGUUAAAGUUACACCCGGAAGGUGGAAAAUUAGUUAGGAGACCAAAUCACUAAACUUAUCAUGAUCAGUGUUUUCAAAGAAAGAAAUAUGCCACUUUUUUGAUGGAAGUGUUUUGUGUGGGGACAGUGCACGGUUAAGUUCAUUGGUGUAUGUGUUAUUCAGUGUGGUUGGCAGGUCUGUGGUUCACUUCAGACUCAUUCACUUUCAAACCUUUUAUAAUGGGUUAGGCUUUGUCUGUGAAAUGCUAAAGGUUUGGUAUAUGUAUUGUUAAUCAAGAUGUUAAGGUCUUUCUUCUCUCAACCGAGUGUACCUUUGAUUUGACUCAGCUGACACGCAUGCAUUUACCAGUUGCAGAUCUUGAAGAGGUCCUGUUUCUCAGUGCUUUAAAACUGUUAAAAUGUGAAGCAGUGGUGAGAUGCUACGGCACCUUUGCUGUUAUGGCCUGAUCUAGCAGGAUUUUUACAUUUUAUAAUAAAUAUGAACUUUUUGAAUAAAUUACUCAGAUCCUUGUACCAUC